AUAAAAGUCAGUUGUAAACACCAUUAAAAAUUAUAAUCUAAUUGUAAAAUAUUAGCUAUAAAACAUUUUAAUCUAUGUGUCAAGAUUUAUUUGAUAGUUUUGUUUAUACAUUAAAUCUUCAUAUAAUAGGUAUUUUUAAGUGUAUAAAGCCUUCAUAUGAUGUUGAAGAUUACUGUUUUGAUAAUACAAAAUAUAUCGGUGAGCCAACAUUGUAUUCACAUUUUUCUUGUUGAAUGAUAAUUUGUGUGUCUAUAGUAUUGAAUGUGGUGAACCGCAUCCGACUGGCCACCGCCACAAAAUGUCCAAAACCAUUAAUAAACUAUCAAAAACCUAAAGAGCCCAAAUCAAUUCAUAAUAAUUAUUCGAUAGACUGUAUCAAUAUAUCAUGGCUGUACAAGUAUAUCAUCCAUCUAGUAUUACUAUUUAUAGAAAUAAAUGUAUGAUUUUAGUACCUAUAUAAAUUGUAUGAUAUAAAAUGUAGUCCGUGAUAACCGGUAAUACCUAAAGAUUACUGAGAAUUUUUAGACUGAUCGAAAUUUAUAAAUAAUAUAUAUCAGUGCUUAAAUUGUUCUAUGUUCUAUUCCUAACAAUUGAUGUCGUUGGUGAUUUGGUGUUUUGAGAGGCCAUUAAAUUAUUAGUAUUUACUAAUAUUAUUUUAUGGCGAUCAGUCGAUCAGUGACAUUGAAACAACUUGUACCGUUGCCCGUUGUUUAUUUUAUUUUUCGGACCUGGUAUUCACUUUUCAGACAUGCAGUACAAUAUUGCUUAAUCCAAUCUGUAACACCUACAUUAUACGUUAUGAAAGUAUAUCAGUCUGCGUACUUGGUAGUUUAGACCGUUCAGAGUUCUUACUUACAUGAUUAAUCACAAAUAAUUAUUAUUUAUACCUAGAAAAGCAAAUAGUGUACCUAUACCUACAAUAAUUGCCUAAAACUUUUUCGUUUCUAUUUAUUUAUCAAUCUACCUAUAUUGUCCGUCCGUCAUCAUCAUUUUGGUUCUUCGAAUUAGAUAAGAAGUAAUACUUACAAAAAAUAUCUGAAAUUCAUAUCCAUGGAACCCAAAUCAGAAAUUGUCAGAGACAAAGUUAUUGAAGAAGUUGAUAUAUAUUUAUUUGAUAUGCCUGAAGAAUAUUCUCUAGGACAUUGUGUGGCCAAAGAUAUGCGUAUGAGUGCUGGUAUCGCCAUAAAUUUCAAGAAAAUUUUUGGAAGAGUUGGUGAAUUGAUGGACCAAAGACCUGAUGUUGGUACAGUAGCAUAUUUACAACAAAAUGAUCGAUUUAUUUACUAUUUAAUUACAAAGGAACGUAGUAAUAGUAAACCAACAUAUCAUACUAUAACAGCAGCUAUUACAAAAUUACGUGAUGUUAUUGUAAAACAUGGUGUAAAAAAAUUAGCCAUCCCUCGUAUUGGUUGUGGUCUAGACAAAUUAGAUUGGUCAAGAGUAAGAGGCAUUAUUGAAAAUUUAUUUCAAAACACAGAAUGUGCAAUCAAAGUUUGUCAUUUUACACAUAAUAAGUCAAGAGAGUCAGAAUCACUCCGAGUUGAACAUCCAAGUACUAUAAAAAUUAAUAAAAAUAUCAAAGACAUAGAAAAGCGAGAAUUUGAAAAACUGAAUAUUAUAUUAUAUUCUCGGACAACUGCUUUACCAGUGUAUUGGGAUCAUAAUUUUCAAUCUGUCAAUGAAAAAUACUGCUUUAAGUCACAAUACUAUAAAGACUAUGAGGAGCAUCUUGAAGUUGGCCAAUGUUUAUAUUACAACACAAUAGAAGCUUGUAUAUUUGUUAUAAUUACAAACAAAAAUAAAACAGAUCAUUUUUCAUAUCAAAAUUUGGAAAAGGGACUUACAAAAAUAAAAAUGUUGAUUAAGAAGGAUCAGUGGCACCCAACAUUCAUAAUACAUACAUUGAAUAAUCGUUUAUUUGAAAGUCUCAUUAAUCAAAAAAUUUUAUCUCUAGUUAGUUCAGCAUUUUUAGAUUUGACUCCAUGUGUAAUUUAUGAAAUAGGAAGUAGUAAUUCUUAAAAAUUUAAAUU